CAGUUUACAAAUCCCUGGGGCUUCCUGUCAGAAGGCGGCAGCUUUUAGGGCUGAGCUGAGAUGUUUGAAAGGUGGAGCACUCUUGACCAUGAAAUAUGCUCUCCUCACAUGCCGCAGCCUUUCCAAGUUCUGUGCAUUAGAAUCAGGGAUUCCAUUCUUCCUGGAGCUGAGCGUAGUCAGCCUUUCUGUCUCCUGAGGAAGGCUGAUAGGCGCUUAAAAGGCUCGUGGUGGCCGGUGCCCCAAGUGUUCCCAGCGCCAGCAGCGACCCUUCUCUUUCACCUCUGCCCAUUGGAGACGACUUAGAUUCCGAAGCGGACUGGACGGCUGGAUUCAGGAAGCCAUGAAUCAUGUCACCAGAAACGAGCUGCAGACUUUAAACUCCGUUCAGCAUGUGGAAGCGGCAGAGAAAUGACCUGUCCAGACAAGCCGGGGCAGCUCAUAAACUGGUUUGUCUGCUCCCUGUGCGUCCCUCGACUGUGUAAACUCUGGAGCAGCCGGCGUCCCAGGACCAGACGGAACCUCUUACUGGGCACUGCCUGUGCCAUCUACCUGGGCUUCCUGGUGAGCCAGGUUGGCAGGGCCUCUUUCCAGCAUGGGCAGGCCACGGACAGGGGGCCACCCCACAGCCGCGACAACUUCAAGGUACCCUUCCCGGAGAUCCCCUUGGAUGGUACCCUGGCCCCUCCAGAGUCGCAGGGCAAUGGGAGCACCCUGCAACCCAACGUGGUGUACAUUACCCUGCGCUCCAAGCGCAGCAAGCCUGCCAAUAUCCGUGGCACGGUGAAACCCAAGCGCAGGAAGAAGUAUGCAGUGGCAUCUGUAGCCCCUGAUCAGGAGGUGCUGGUUAAACCAUCCUUUAUACUGCAGGAUGCUGUACCGGCAGCAGAUGCCGAAGUACCUGCCUAUGUUCAGGGUUACCUGACAAAGGUUGGGGAACGACCCUGGAGGGUGCUGCGUGGUCCUGGAAUCAGAACUGGGGGUUCAAAUUUGCGGCAGCCUGGGACGCGAGAGAGCAACAUCAGGAUUUACAGUGAGAGCGCCCCCUCAUGGCUGAGCAAAGAAGACAUCCGCAUAAUGCGCCUGCUGGCUGAUGGUGAGGUGGUUAGCAUCCUGCCAUCCUUCUCUAAGAGUGGUGCCCGCUUGCUGGUGUUGGAAGGGAGGACCUCGGGCUCUGUGCCUGGCUGCGGGCCUAGCCCCUGUGGGCUACUCAAGCAGCCCCUGGACAUGAGUGAAGUGUUUGCCUUCCACCUGGACAGGAUUCUGGGUCUCAACAGGACCCUGCCAUCUGUGAGCAGGAAAUCAGAGUUCAUCCAAGAUGGCCGCCCUCGUCCCAUUGUUCUCUGGGACUCAUCUCUGGCAUCUGCAAGCAAUGAUAGCCAUUCUUCCAUUAAGAUCACCUGGGGAACUUAUCAGCAGUUGCUCAAACAGAAGUGCUGGCUGAAUGGCCGGGUUCCUAGACCUGAGUGGGGCUGCACUGAAAUCCAUCACCAUGAAUGGUCCAAGAUGGCUCUCUUCGAUUUUUUGUUGCAGAUUUACAAUCGCUUAGAUACCAAUUGCUGUGGAUUCAGACCUCGAAAGGAAGAUACCUGUACACAGAAUGGACUGAGGCCAAACUGUGAUGACCAAAAUUCUGUGACUUUAGCACACAUUGUCCAGCGAAAGAAGGACCCAAGGCAUUUGGUCUUUGUAAACAACAAGGGCUUCUUCGAUAGAAGUGAAGACAACCUAAACUUCAAAUUGCUAGAAGGCAUCAGAGAGUUUCCCGACUCUGCAGUUUCUGUUUUGAAGAGCCAGCACUUACGGCAGAAGCUCCUUCAGUCUCUGUUCCUUGAUAAGGUUUACUGGGAAAGUCAAGGAGGCAGGCAAGGCAUCGAGAAGCUCAUUGAUGUGGUAGAGCAGAGAGCCAGAAUCCUUGUCACCUACAUCAAUGCACAUGGCGUCAAAGUAUUACCUAUGAAAGAAUGACAUAGGACUGUCUUCUGCCUUGAGGGCUAUACAUGUGUGACCUUUGGUUUUUCUUAAAUGAAGUAGAUCAACCUUAAGUGUUUCUAGGAGUGAAGCAGCAUAGUUGAAUAUACAAAACUGACCUGAUGCAUAUCAUAAACAGAGUUUAGAAAGUUUGCAUCACUUGAAGGUAUGCAGAUUCAAGAAGUUUCGGGAUAGCAUAUUGCUUGCAAAACGUCUGAUGGUGUUUUUUGCCUAACAUUCUGACAUGUGUGUCUCAGCAUUGUUAUUACACAAUGGCUCCAAUUAUUAUUCCCACUAAUGUUAAAGCAUUUUCAUGAUAUUUGACAGAGCAAUAUAAACCAAAGGCACUGACUCUUCUAAUAAAUCAUUCUCAUGCCAUUUAACUGAUCUGACCAGCUCCUAGCAGAGAGUUUAUUGACAUUCCCCUGAUGUUGAUCAUUACAACAGUUUCCCAACCCUAUCCAGAAGCAAUUCUACCAGGAAAUUGAGGCAUGUGGCUGUGAAAGCCAAAGUCUUGAAACCCCUUCUAAGUAGUCAUGGUAGUAGAUUCAUUUACAAACUGCUGGUUGUAUUUUCUAGCGUCUAUAAACAACCAGUUAUUUUUGAUCUACCAAAAUCUCAUAUUCAUUCCUUCUAAGAAUUUACUGUCAGCAUAGAAAUAUCCAUAUGUAGCAAUGGAUAUAUCAGUUCACUUUGCUCUCUUAAUUUUGAUUCAAUUUAUGUCUGGUGGUUAGAAAACUAAACAGUUAUAAGGCAUGAUGUUACUAUUUGAAAAUUUAUUUUGUGGGGUCUAUUAAUGUUCCUAUUGAUUGGUUGGUUGGUUGGUUGGCUUUUUAAAAAAAUAACUAUAAGGUCUCAUGUAGUCCAUGCUGGCUUUGACCUCCUUAUGAGGAUGACCUUGAUCUUCAGAUGCUCCAUUUCCCAAGUGUUGGGAUUAAAGAUGUGUGCCACCAUGCCCAGCAGUGCUGGAGAUCAGACUCAGGGCUUCAUUCAUGCUAGGUAGGUACUGUAUGACUAAGCCCAUAACCCCAGUCCACUUUUAAUGAUUUUAGAAAGGAUAUGCUAUAAUUUCUGUAGUUUUAUUUUAAUCAUAGAAGACUUCUUUUGUAUAAUUAGGUUUCACCUGAUUCAACUGUUGUUAUCUAGGAAUAAGUUCAGAUAUUAAACUUAUUAUGUAGAUCAAUAUGAGAAGUCUCGGUGAAACCCAACCCACGUGACUGAAUCUUUUCAAGAAGAGUACAUGACUAGAGAACAUGUGACAAUAUGUUGGGCAAAAUUGAAUCUCAAAUAAUUCUCCAAAUCCCUCUGCCAACCUUUUAGUUGAGUUGGAAGGACUGAGACAUACAAUGUUCAUGCUCUGAAUCUUCCUGCCCUUGGGAAAUCUGCAAGGUCAUCAUGUAGUCUACUUACAUGGAGGGAGGCUUCAAAUCUAGAACAAAUUAUUUCUCUCUCACUUUUAGCUCUCCUACUCCUUAUUUAAAAGCUGACUGAUUAGCCAGAUAUGGUGAUGAAUACCUGACUUCCUAGCACCCAGGAAGCUGUGAAGGAAGAUUCCAAGUUUGAGGCCAGUCUGGUUGACAUAGUAAUAUCCUGUCUGACAUGUAUUCUUUCUUUCAUAAAAACUGGUUUACUGACCUUUUCUUUCUUUGGAAACUUAAAAAUAAAAAGUUAUAAAUUUUUAUUGCA